AUGUGGACUCAAAGGAGCAUUAGUAAUAGUAUAGCUGAAAGAAGUUCCUCUGACUCGGGUAAUAACCAUGAUCAAGAAAUAGUUGAAUUAGCAGCUACGCUUCGAGAAGUUCUUAGUAUUCAUACACCAAGUGUUGGUAGUGGCGGUGUUAGUAGUAAUACAAGAGCAGCAGCAGCAGCGGAACAGCGAUCAGUCUCAAAAAAACGUGCAGCUAUAAGAAAAGUAUUAAAAGCAAUGAGUUCAGGUGUAGACGUUUCUUCGUUAUUUAGUGAAAUGGUUAAGGCUGCAUCGACCAAAGAUUUAGUACAGAAAAAAUUGGUGUUUCAAUAUAUUGUUACUCAAGCGCAAAAGAACACGGAUCUCAUAGUUUUAUCGAUAAAUACCAUUCAGCAAGACCUUCACGAUAAAGAUCCAUUGGUGAGGGGAUUAACUCUGCGUACUUUAUGUUCUUUGAGGAAUUCAGAUCAUGUUGAAUUAAUGCUUGAAUCUGCUUAUCGUGGACUAGUUGAUCCGAGUUCUUAUGUACGAAAGACAGCAGCUCUCGCGUGUUUGAAACUAUUUCACAUGUCUCCACGUUAUGUUUUAGACACGGGGCUUAUAAAAGAACUCUAUAAUCUACUGCAAGAUCGUGACACCACAGUGAUUGCUAAUGUUAUUUCCACGCUGAAUGAAAUUCUUGCAUCAGACGGUGGAAUAACAAUUACCAAAAACCUUGCGCAUUACUUGUUACAGCGGUUACGUGAAUUCAAUGAAUGGCAUCAAUGUCUGGUAAUCGAGGCUCUGACAAGAUAUAAACCUGAAUCUGAUAACGAAGUAUUUGCGAUAAUGAAUCUUUUAGAUGAUCGGCUUAAACAUCAUAACAGUGGUGUUCAGCUUAUGACUGUGAAACUUUUUCUUAAUUUGACUAAAGAAAUGCCGGAGUUGCAUCGGGAUGUUCACAAAAGAUUUAAAGAUAUUUCGCUAACCUUAUUAUCGCUGGGCAAACCAGAGAUUUCAUUUUCAUGUUUAACGCAUGCAAAAACAUUGGCUAUGAAUUCUCCAAAUAUUUUCUGUAAAGAUUAUAAAUAUUUUUAUCGAAGAGUCAAAGAACCAUCUUUUAUCACACUGGAAAAACUGGAUAUUCUUGAAUUAAUUGUGAACGAGGCCACAGUCAAAGAAAUUGUUGAUGAAGUAAGUGGAUAUAUUAUUGAAACUUCUGGUCUAUUGAGAAGGAAAUCAGUCAACCUUGUUGCUAGUAUAGCCACAAAGUUCAACAAAAUUUUGAAUUAUUCGCUUGAAAUAUUUAUGAGAUUAUUGGAAACAAAUGUCGAAUCUAUUGUUUCGGAGAUUCUUGGUUGUCUUCAAGGAUUCGAUAACAUCAUUCUGAAAAAUAUAAAGAGUUUUCCGCUAGUUUUGAUCUCAACCUGGCCAUCAAUUAAUUUUGAAAAAUCUUCUCCUGUCGGACUUAUAUUUCUGAAUUUCUUGUCACUGUUUGGCGACGAAAUCUUGGAAGCUCCUUAUAUAGUGGAAUCAUUUAUCGAUACUUUGGAAAAAUAUCAAAGUUCAAAAUUUCGGAUUCAGCUGUUGAACACCACUGUUUCGUUGUUUCUGAGAAGACCAGGCGAGUGCCGUGAAAUGCUUGGCAGAUUAUUUAAAGCAACCAUAAAAGAUGAUCAAAAUCAACAACAGUCACUUGAUGUUCGUGAAAGAGGAUUGUUUCUGUAUCGAUUGUUGCAGUCGGAUAUUCAAAUGGCGAAGAAAAUUUUUAUCGAAAGUAUCGAUGCCGAUAUUCUCAAUGAAGGUGAUAACAACACAAAAGAUAAAAAAAUACAUGAGGACACGAAUAAAAAUCUACUAUUAGGUUUCAAUACACUUUCGGUAGUAUACGGGAAAUCUUCGGACCAAUUUCUUGUGACUGAAUUUCAUUCUUCAUCCAAUGUAAACAACGACGAUCACUUUGAUACGCAAAGAGAUGAAGAACAAGAGUUCGCUGGAUCGUUAAGUAUAAUAGAAGAAAAAUCAUCAUCACUGGUAAAACAUCAUGAUCAGGAGUCUAUGAACUCGACCGAUUUUUCUCCGGAAUUUUGGGGUUCUGUGACCUCAACAAGCAAUUCAACGAUGAUUCCCCCUUAUCACCAUUACUCUGAGACGUCUCCUUUCCUUGAUGAUAUUGAAAGUGCGCUCGAAGAACGUUAUGGUCAGACUGAUGAUUAA